AGAACUUGGACAAUGUAGGCUUAUCCACUUAAGCUGUCUGACUGUGUGGAAGUGUAUUCUCUCCAAUCCUGUUCAUGCGGAUAUGUGAGGUUGUUUUUAUCUCUUUGUAGGCUUCUUGCUAUGAGUAAUCCGAAGUUAAAGAAAAGCGAUGUGAUAGAGGUCAAGUUUGUGGCAGAUGAGGAUGUCCUAAAGCACAUUUCUGAAGAUGCAGGUCAUAAGGUUCGAAAGAACAAAGCUGCCCAUACACUUGAUGCAAAAAGAUGGGUGAAGAAAACAGAAGGUAGCUCAGAUAAUGAGUCUCAGGAAACUUUUGAAGAACAGGACUAUGUUUCUGUCCUAGGCAUCCAAGGCUCUUUGAAAAAUGGCUCCAGUGCAGGUGGUGGGGAUGUCUUUCCAUUCCAGACUCCAAAACGCUCUAACAAGAUGGCAGAAAUGGCCUCUGAGCUAGCUCAGACAGCAGGUAGCAAUGUAAAACAUGAGAAGCUGAAGAAUCCUGAAAAGGGAGCAAGCACUCCUCAAAGCAGCAAGAAGUAUUCAGCUUCAAGCAAAGGCAAGGUGGAGCAGAGUAAAAAGAAUGAAUUCAUUUCAAAAACACCCUACAGACUCAGGAAAAGAAUUACGGCUUUAAAUAUGUGCUCUGAUACUGAAAGUGAUUAUUCCACUUCAUGCUCCGAAGAAGAAGAAGAUGACAGCUGCAAAGAAACUACAGAUAAUGCUGUCAAUCCAAAAAUGCUGGCCAGACCCCAGACAUCAUCUGCUCCAGCUAACAAAGAAACGCCAGCUAAGAAGCUGAAGAGAGAAGUUCCUAGUGAUUUGGUGGAAGAGUAUUUUGAAGCACAUAGCAGUUCCAAGGUUUUAACUUCUGACCGAACACUUCAGAAGCUACAGAAAUCAAAACUGGAUCAGGAGUCCCUGCAAAACAUCUUGAAUAAAGUACCUGUUGCUUUUGCUUCUGAAUGUGAGGCGUUAACCAAGCAACACAAAUCUCUCUUUUACAAAUGGAUGUUGCAACUGCACCUAGGAUUCAAUAUUGUGCUGUAUGGAUUAGGUUCAAAGAAAGCUCUGUUGGAGAAUUUUCGCAUUUCACUUCUUCAAGAUUCUGUUCAUAUUGUUGUGAAUGGGUUCUUCCCCAGCAUCACCGUGAAAUCGAUUCUUAAUUCCGUAACAGAGGAGGUGCUGGAUCAUGUGGGCACCUUUCGCAACCCCCAGGAUCAGCUGGACUUCAUUGUGAAAAGGUUUAAAGAAGAUCCUUCUCUGGAGCUCUACCUGCUCAUCCACAACUUGGACAGUCCAACAUUGAGAGGAGACAAAAACCAACAAACCCUAGCACAAUUGUCAUCUCUUUCUAAUCUCUACCUCAUAGCAUCUAUUGAUCAUAUUAAUGCACCACUCAUGUGGGAUCAAGCAAAGCAAAGCAUGUAUAAUUGGUUGUGGUAUGAAACGACCACUUACAGUCCUUAUGUAGAAGAAACAUCCUUUGAGAACUCUCUCUUGAUACAGCAAUCCGGGUCUUUGGCUUUGAGCUCUCUCACUCAUGUUCUGCGCAGUCUCACUCCAAAUGCAAGGGGGAUUUUCAGACUUUUGGCGGAAUAUCAGUUGGAAAAUAAGGAUAACACCUCAUACCCAGGACUUUCAUUCCAAGAUUUCUACCAGCAAUGUCGGGAAGCCUUCCUGGUCAAUAGUGACCUAACUCUCAGGGCUCAGCUCACAGAAUUCAGGGAUCACAAGCUCAUUAGGACUAAGAGGGGUGCUGAUGGAGUUGAAUAUUUAUUAAUUCCUGUGGACGCUGGGACCUUGACUGACUUUUUACAGAAAGAUAAUGUUUGAAGGCUCUGAAAUGUGCAAUAGCAAUUGCUCUCAAGAGCUGCUGGAAUACUGCCUACAGUGUAGUCAAUUUUCAGAUCUCAGGAGUCUUUAUCUGCCUGUAAUAAUUGAGUAAAGCAUUGUUUGUGCAAAGCCAACGUUUAGAUAUAUCUAAAUCUGCUCAGGUUUUCCAGUUUGGAUGACGAUUUCCUCCUUUGUAUUCCAUUACAAAGAAAAUGUGACAUAGGAAUGUGCCUUUCUGCUCA